AUGAGGCACUGGAACAGGUUGCCCAGAGAAGCUGUCCCCUCUCUGGAGGUGAUCAAUGCUGGGUUGGAUGAGGCUUUCAGCAACCUCAUGCAGUGGAAGGUGUCCCUGCCCGUGUCAGGGGGACUGCAACUAGGACCGUCCAGGAGGAGACGCACGCAGGGCGAUGGGCACGACCAGCUCACGCCAGUCCGUCGCUGUUGCUCUCCCAGCUCUCCUGUGCCUUCACUGGGGCGCGACUCCGGCGACUCCACAUCGCCACGACCCCUCAGAGGCUCUCCCGUGGGAGAAGAGGUGGGGGAAGGAGGGAAUUCUCCUGAGAUGCCGCGAUACCGACCCGCCCGGCGGACGGCAAACCCCGGCGGCGCCGCGGAGCGCACCUGUGGGCGAUGCCUGCACCGCGUCCCCGCGUCCCCGCAUCCGAGCGGGCGCCGGCGAACAUGGCAGAGGAGCGGCGCUGAGCCCGCGCCGCCGCCCGGGGAAGGGCGGUCGCCCCUGCGCGCCCCGCGACCGCCGAAGGGAGCGCGGCGCCGGCGCCUCCGCGGGGCUCUGUGUGAUGGUGGGGGGCCGCCGGCGCUGCUGAGGCGGGGGGCGGCUGGUCCCGGCCCCGGCGGCGGCGGCAGCAGUAGCAGCGUGGAGCGGGGGCUGCCUCCCUCUCCCCGCUGA